AUGAAGGCUAUACAGUAUUAUGGACCUGGAGAUAUUCGCCUUGACGACGUCCCUGAACCGAUGCCCGAAGCGGGGCAAGUCAAGUUGAAGGUGCGCUUAUGCGGCUCGGACGUGCAUUCAUACUUUGCGUUCUUGCCGCCCUCGCCCACGCUUACAGACGUUCACCCGGUCACGAAGGAGAGAUUGCCGGUUGUGAUGGGACAUGAGUUCUCCGGAACCAUUGUAGCGCUUGGGCCGGGAGUUGACACCGAGAGGCUGUCCGUCGGGAAGAAUGUCGUUAUCGAACCACUCAUCUCUUGCAUGGAACCGACGUGCAAGCCGUGCUCUGCGGGGACCAGAAACAUUUGUCCGCUCGCUACGUUCAUCGGAAUCGGUGGAUGGGGUGGUGGCCUUGCAGAGUACAUUGCGAUCAAGCAGGAGUUCGUUCAUGUUCUUCCGGAUGGCAUCUCUCUGGAGAUCGGUGCCCUGAUAGAGCCGUUGUCCGUGGCAUGGCACGCUGUCAAGAUAUCGAAAUUGCAUAAAGGAAACAGCGCCCUCAUCAUUGGGGCAGGGCCGGUACGUACUACAUUUACAUAUCGCGCAUUCGGGGCAUCUUGGGUCGGGAUCUCGGAGCCCGCGGCGCGCCGUCGCGAGACAGCGCUAAAGCUUUCUGCCUCGGCCUUGUUCGACCCCCUGUCAAGCGACGUGGCUGCCGAAACGUUCAAGGCGACAGGCGGCCUCGGCGCAGAUGUCGUAUACGACUGCGCAGGCACGCAGGCGACCUUUGAUGCAGCGCUCAAGGCGGCACGGCCGAGGGGCACGGUCGUGCAGGUCGCGGUGUGGGACAAGUCGCCGACGCUGGACAUCAUGACGCUCCAGCGGAAGGAGCUAUUUCUCACAUCGAGCCAGGGCUACGACCGGGAGCAUCCAGAGAUAUUGCAGGCCGUGGCGGACGGGAAGUUUCUCUUACUCGGCGAUCUCAUUACCAAGAAGAUCCCGCUGGAAGAACUGAUGACAGGCGGCAUUAAAGUGCUAGCUGAAGACAAAGAUUCGCAAAGUGAGUGCGGGCGAUAG